GACAGAAAUAGCCCUUGCUGAAGGCAGAUGCAAAUCCUCAGGCAAAUGAGCUCAGCCCCACGCUUGGAGCCCCACAGGCGGAGGGCAGGACCCUGCUGGGGUGGUACACAGCGCAGGUGCCACCACCCCGUCGUGGAGAUGCUGGAUCUGCCCUUCCUGCCUUUCUGCAUCUUCCUGGGGCUCUUGGGCUUUGUGUGCGUGGCCUUUGUGAGCGCCUGGUGCCAGUACUGGCGCGGCGGCUUCGCUUGGGAUGGCAGCACCCAAAUGUUCAACUGGCACCCGGUGCUGAUGGUGACGGGCAUGGUGGUGCUUUACGGUGCAGCAUCCCUGGUUUAUCGCCUGCCCUCAUCCUGGAGUGGUCCCAAGCUGCCCUGGAAGGUGCUGCACAGCUCCCUGGCUCUGGCAGCCUUCAUCCUGGCAGUGCUGGGCUUGGUGGCUGUCUUCCGCUUCCACAACGACCAUGGGACACCCAACAUGUACUCACUGCAUAGCUGGCUGGGUUUGGCCACCAUCCUGCUCUUCUCCUGUCAGUGGCUGAUGGGGUUCAGCACCUUCCUGCUGCCCUGGGCUCCUGCCUGGCUCCGUGGCCUCUACAAGCCCAUCCAUGUCUUCUUUGGCUCCACCAUCCUGCUGCUGGCUGUGGCUUCGUGUGUGUCAGGCAUCAACGAGAAGCUCUUCUUCAGCCUGAAGAACGGGACAACGCAGUACAAGCUCCUCCCUGCUGAAGCUGUCUUUGCCAACACCCUGGGGCUCCUCAUCCUGCUCUUUGGGGUGCUGGUGCUGGGUGCCCUGGCCAGGCCGAGCUGGAAGCGCCCUGAUGCUGACUCCCUGGACUCCUGCCAGCCACUGCUCGCCGACGAGCGCUGAUGCCAAUGGAGCAGCCAAGGUCUGUCCCUGCUAUUCCCGGGAUACCAGCUCUGAGCUCUUGGAUCCCAUCGCUUCCCUGCCUGCACUGCUGGAGCAGCUGAGGUCUAUCCCUGCCAUUCCCGAGCUCUUGGAUCCCAUCGCUUCCCUGCCUGCACUGCUGGAGCAGCUGAGGUCUAUCCCUGCCAUUCCCGAGCUCUUGGAUCCCAUCGCUUCCCUGCCUGCACUGCUGGAGCAGCUGAGGUCUAUCCCUGCCAUUCCCGAGCUCUUGGAUCCCAUCGCUUCCCUGCCUGCACUCCUGGAGCAGCCGAGAUCUAUCCCUGCCAUUCCCGGGAUACCAGCCCCAAGCUUUGGAUCCCAUCGCUUCCCUUCCUGGUCGUGGCUGUCACCUUGUCCUCACCCAGGAUCCUGCACCCAGUGCUCAUCUAUCCAUGAGGAAACGUGCUCAGCUCCCUCACAGCAGAUGCUGCUGCCAUGAGGACAUCUCUCUGCCUCCUUUGGGGCCUGGUGUUGGCCUCCUGCCUGCCAUAGGAUGAGAGCAUCCCCAGGGGGAUGCUCCUGCCUGCAUCCUCCUGCUUCCAUGCGCCAGCUCCUGCUGCCUGGAAUCUCCUGCCUGGACUUUGUUCUGCUCCAAACCAGCCGCCAUCCCUCAACGCAGCACCCGGAGCUGGCAGAAGCAGCUGGAGGAGCACCCAUGUGCCUGGUGGGGAUGGAGGGGACCCUCACACCGUGCCUUGCCCUCCAUCUGGGUGCCUCUCCCUCCACCCCACGGAGCCAAGAAGCCUCUCAGGGCCCUCAUGGACACGUAAUAAACCACUGGCUUCUGCAGUG